CGUGCGUUGUUUGGUUGUUCCCGAAGCGCAAUAGCAAAGCUCCGGACGGCGAGAGAAGUGCGGGAACCAGAGAGGCGUCAUUGCACGGCUUAGCUCUCUGCCGUAGUGCUUAUUGUUCGGCGAUUUCACUGGAGGACUAAGAAUGCGUGAAGUCAUCUCCAUUCACGUUGGUCAGGCUGGCGUGCAAAUCGGAAAUGCAUGCUGGGAGCUCUACUGCUUAGAACACGGAAUUCAGCCCGAUGGUCGUAUGCCCUCAGACAAGCAGACGCAGGACGAUACCUCAUUUUCCACUUUUUUCUCGGAAACUGGAGCAGGUCGUCACGUUCCGAGAGCCGUAAUGGUUGACUUAGAACCUACUGUGAUUGAUGAAAUCCGAACUGGAACUUACAAGCAACUGUUCCAUCCUGAACAGCUAAUCACUGGCAAGGAAGACGCCGCCAACAACUAUGCAAGAGGGCACUACACUAUCGGCAAAGAAAUCAUCGACCUUGUGUUGGAUCGAGUUCGCCGGCUGGCUGAUAACUGCUCUGGAUUGCAAGGAUUCCUCAUCUUUCAUUCCUUCGGCGGUGGUACAGGAUCAGGCUUCACAUCAUUAUUGAUGGAACGUCUAUCCGUUGAUUACGGAAAGAAGAGCAAGCUUGAGUUCUCUAUCUACCCAGCUCCUCAGGUCUCAACUGCUGUAGUGGAACCUUAUAACUCAAUUCUGACGACGCAUACUACCCUGGAGCACUCCGAUUGCGCUUUUAUGGUCGACAACGAGGCAAUAUACGAUAUUUGCCGUCGCAAUUUGGAUGUUGAGCGACCUAGUUACACUAACCUCAAUCGACUCAUAUCACAGGUGGUCUCUUCUAUAACUGCCUCUCUGAGGUUUGAUGGGGCCUUAAACGUAGAUCUUACUGAGUUCCAAACUAAUCUUGUUCCGUAUCCUCGGAUACAUUUCCCUCUGGCGACGUACUCUCCCGUAAUAUCUUCUGAAAAGGCUUAUCACGAAACGUUAUCCGUCGGUGAUAUAACGAAUAUGUGCUUCGAACCAGCCAAUCAGAUGGUUAAGUGUGAUCCUCGUCACGGAAAGUACAUGGCUGUCUGUUUGUUAUACAGAGGUGACGUUGUGCCGAAAGAUGUCAAUGCUUCAAUCGCUGCAAUUAAGACCAAGCGUUCAAUACAGUUUGUGGACUGGUGCCCUACCGGUUUCAAGGUUGGAAUCAAUUACCAGCCUCCAACGGUGGUUCCGGGUGGAGAUCUGGCUAAAGUCCCUCGUGCUGUAUGCAUGUUGUCGAACACUACGGCAAUAGCCGAAGCUUGGGCUCGCCUCGACCGCAAGUUUGAUCUUAUGUAUGCAAAACGAGCAUUCGUCCAUUGGUAUGUCGGAGAAGGCAUGGAGGAGGGAGAGUUCAGCGAGGCACGCGAGGAUCUUGCUGCUUUGGAGAAGGAUUACGAAGAAGUUGGUAUCGACUCUGUCGAUGGUGAGGGAGGUGACGAUGUGGACGAAUACUAAUCGCCUGCUGGAGCUGUGUCGGUGUUACAUUUGUAGCUGUCAUACAUAGAUCUCAUAAUCCGUUGUGAGGUCACCGAAUCUUCUACUCGUGUUAGUAUCCUUAUUCUAGAAACUGCUUAUUAUUUGAUCUGUGAGGUGUUUCGCACCUAUGCCUGAAUAACUUGUCCGAUACGUUGAUCCUCGAUAGCAGAAACGUUUCAAGCAAAACAUUAGGAAUCUCACUUUCAUGGAGAGCCUAU